GGGUGUUGUGACACCCCUGGAUCAUUGUUGCAAAUGGUCUUUUCAAUUUCUAAUAAUGUCACAAAAUGAAUUUGAUAUUUUUUUUAUAAUCCCGCUUUCUAUUUUCUACCGUGAUUGCAGGUGAGCUAGAGCCUAUCCCAGCUGAUUUUUUUAAGGCAAGAAGCUGCAUACACCCUAGAUCACAGGGCACAUCCAAAUAAAUAACUUUUUUUUUUUGGUCAUCAUUCAAAUUUAGCAUGGUUGUUACCAACACUCGCCGUCUGUGUGUUGGGUCAAAUUUACAAGACAUUUUUAUGAUUGCUUUACAGGGACUUUAAGCAUGAUUCAAUAUAUAACCAUUAUGGCUACAAAGGGGGUGGGCAAUUCUGGUGAAUUUCCAGAAAGUUUCUGGUAAUUAUCCAUUGGAAAUUAAAAUGGGGCCUUUUGGAAAUAUUCAAAUUUGGGGUAUUUUCAUGGGAAUCAUGUGAACAAAUGAGAAUUAGCUUGGAAUUGAGGGUAAUUUAAAUGAAGGUUAAAUGAAGACUCUAAAUUGCCCGUAGGUGUGAACGUGAGUGCGAAUCGUUGUUUGUUUGUAUGUGCCCUAUGAUUGUCUGGUGACCAGUUCCGGGUGUACUCUUCCUCUCGCCCGAAGAUAGCUGGGAUAGGCUCCGGCACUCCUGCCACAACCUUCAGUUUUUAAAUUGUUGGUUUGUUCCUGUUAUUCCCAAUGGAGAUGUUCCAUCUUUGCAAAUUCCGGGAAUUUUGCAACCUGACUAACAUGACGGUGAAGAGGAGGCCUUCAUCUCCCCAAGACUUCCCUGUGCGGGUGUCCGAGGAUUUGAGGGGAGCAGCGCGGUCCCGCGACUUAACGGUCAUGUGUCGCCCGGCAUCCAAUCACCUCCUGGCGAGAGCGGUUCGACGCGCGCUCCCGUCACCGGAGGAGGAGAAGCGAGGACAGUCGGCGGCAGGAGACGAAAUCAAAUAAAUUACAAAAAUACCGUUUAACCGCCGUUUUUUACAUUUUAUUUUAGUUUAUUUAUUUAUUUUUUUUAAAUCCACUCUGCCUGUAAAAUCGCAUCACGAAAUCCGGCAACCAUGUCAGAGGAAAAGCCAAAGGAGGGCGUCAAGACCGAGAACGACCACAUCAACCUCAAGGUCGCGGGGCAGGAUGGCUCGGUGGUCCAGUUCAAAAUUAAACGGCACACACCCCUCAAUAAACUCAUGAAGGCGUACUGCGAACGACAGGGACUCUCAAUAAGGCAGAUCAGGUUCAGGUUCGACGGGCAGCCCAUCAACGAGACCGAUACGCCUUCGCAGGUAAGUCGAGCCUCUCACUUUUCGGCUUACUGGAAGGAAUGCACGAUAAGUGCCGUCUCAUUCAGCGGUGCUCCGGUCGCCGCUCGUCAACCUGUCGCGAUGGCUCCUCACAGUCAUGGAUAUUGUGACCAAAAUACUGCUUUCUUUUACAAGACAUCUCUGAAAAGGCAAAAACAUACAAAUAACACCCUACUUGUGUGACACUGGUCAGAUAAGUUUUCAUGAUGUCAGAAUUUCUCGAGCCGGAGGUGGCCUGAAAUUAGGAGGAGGAAGAGGGGGCUGCCUCCAAAUUUUGCAUGAAGGGAAAACCCUGCCUUUGGGUGUUUGAAGCUUUGCCACAAGAUGGCGGCAAAGCUGUACUUUAUUUUAUUUUUUUUCUAAAUGAAGCUUUUCAACUCGCUUCUACGUCUCCUCGGCACCGAGAUGCAACACCAUGGCACCAAAGCACUCCUUUUGUCUAAAUUACGCUCCUCGACUAACUCUAACAUAGUUUCUUGGCACCGAGAUGGCACGAGAGUGCCCCUGAGCACAAAGGAAGCAAAUAGAUAUGUUCCCACCAAACAUCUGCAAAUAGGUAAAUAUGCCACUGCCAAACAUGUGUUGGGGGGUUGGGGGUCACCGUACCUGAGAAAAUGUGUCUAUGAAAGCUAAUCUAGCACGUGUGUGUUUUCCUCUAGCUGGAGAUGGAAGACGAAGACACCAUAGACGUUUUCCAGCAGCAGACGGGCGGCCGCUGCUAAGCCCCCUCCCACCCUGUUUGUUUGACAGCCACCCACAGACCCACCACACAAACUUGAACCCUCUUACAUCAUCGCCCUACCCCUUCGCUCCUCUCAGCUGUUAUUAAUUAUUAUUGACUUAAGAUACGUCCGUCGUGAUGUGAUAUUUAUUUUCUUCGUUUGUUUGUUUUGUUUUGUUUUUUUUGGGGGGGGGAUUUAGGGUUCUCUGACACAUUCUGGGUGUCGGAUUUGGACCAAUGAUGCAACAACGUUGUCGCCAGUGAGCGUUUUUGGAAUCGGCUAGUUUUUAGGGUGGAACUUAUGAGCCUGCCGAACAUCAACGUGUUUUGCUUUUUAGCUGCUUUUUUGGGGGGGUUUGUUGUCUUUAAGAACUGAAUCUGUACAGCUGUAUUAGAAUGGAUGUAAGUGCCACCACUCUAAAAUGACCAAAUGAGGCAUUCAAAGGACGUCUGUCGUUUUUUUUUUUUUUUUUGCUUCCUCGCUGCUUCCAUGAUUUCAGCAUGUCCUGGGGGGGCUGCUGCCAUACCGCCAAGUAUUUAUUCGCACAUUAAGAGGAGGAUGUGGAUGAAUAGUCAGAAUAUUAUUGUGAACGUGUGUGUGUGUGUCCCCCCCCCCUGUAUGUAAAAUGGCUGACAAUGAAGAAAAUAAAGUGCAAAUAUGACAAUAGGUGUAUUGGGGCGGUCUCACCAGGUCUUCAAAUCCGAAGCUUCAGGUUCAGUUAUGCUUGCUGUAAAGUGGGAAGAGAAUUACAAGCGGCUGUAAAGAGUGCAGAUGUAGAUCAUUUUUAAGAUGUCACUCCCCUUUAAUGUAAAUGUACCCCUUUAUUAUUAGAACUAGAUUGCCUAGACCCCCCUGAGUAUAUUUUUUUCUGUGCAUCUAAAAUAGAAACUAUAUCGCUCCUACUCGGUCAUCAUCUUCUCCCCCCCCCCCCCCCCCCCUCAUUAAAAUGAGAGCACACUUUUUCCAGCCCGAUAACAAAUUUGCCCUCCUGCGUCUGAGAUGGGUUAGCUAAAAAUAAUAAUAAUAAUUUAAAAAAAACUCAAGAAGGGGCCCAGGUCUUUUGUCAUUUUAUUUGUUUCUCUACUGAUUUGUACAUUAUUUGUUGUCUUUUACUACUGUAUACAAUAAAUAUAGUUUGGUACUCAGA